AUUCUGGAAAAGCCUAUAGGUCCAUUAAGCCUCUUAAGAGCUAAAUGUCCUGAUGUUCCGAUUGUUGCCUUGACAGCUACUGCAGCAAAAGAGGUUUGAAUUAAAACUCUAUAGUUCAAAGUAUCAAAUUCUUUUUGUCAUGAAAAAUAAAAUUUAUAUUUUCAUGAUUAUAACAGGUUGUCGAGGAUAUAUUUUCAAGUUUAAAUAUGAAAGAUCCUUUAAUAUUUUCUGCACCAGUAUUUCGAGAAAAUUUAUUCUAUGACUUAUGGUUUACAGAUACAAUAACAAAACCAUUAGAUCAUUUAUUAAAUUUUAUUAUUGAAGCACUUGCUUCUUCAGACGACAGUUCUUUGCCGAAAAAUAACAAAAAUUGUGGAAUUAUUUAUUGUCGUAAAAAAGAAAGUACUGAAGAUAUUGCAGAACGAUUAAGUAAAGCAGGAGUUCCUACACGCCACUUCUCAAAUUCUAUCUAAAUAUCUUAACAUCUAUAACCGCCGACACCCUCUUUGUAUUCCACUGAUCUUGAAAAAUAAUUUGAUCGUUAAAAAUCGUUUUAAAUUUUUUUGUUGAAAAUCGUUUCAAAAUUAACAAACGUAAACGGCACAUACUUACAAUCAGUUAUCCGGGUCUAUGGCG